AUGAAUGAAACAGUGAGUUGUUCAAUUUUUUAUAGUAUCACAAUAAUUUUUAUUUUCAGCAAAAUUUCAACUCUGCAUUAUCUUUCAUUGUAUCACAAACUGAUAAAUUUGAUAAUGGAACAGCGCGAGAAUUCCUUGAUUGGAUUGAAAAUAUAGGUCGUCUUCUUAGUAUAACUGGAAUCAAACAACAAAAUGGAACAAGAAUUUUGCCAUUUAUAUUAACUGGACAUAGUUUAUCAAUAUAUAAAUCAUUAAGUCUUUAUGAACAAGAUGAUUGGAAAAUGACGACUGGAUAUAUUUUUGAGAAUUUGGAAAAAAAUCAAGAAACAAUUUUGAUGGCAAAAAUUCGAUUGAAUAAAUUGGAACAAAAUGGUAAAAGUUUUGAAGAAUUGGCAAAUGAAAUUCGAAAACUUUCAUAUAUUAUUUAUCAAAAUCUGAAAUAUGAUGAACGCGAAGAAAUGGCUACUUUGGAUUUUAUAACAAAAUGUCAUCAAUCCAUCAAAAUGCAAUUUGUAAGAAUGUCUGAUGUUCCAAAAAAAUUGAAUGAAGCUGUUCAAAUUGCCGAAAGAGAAUAUGAUUUGAUUGAAAUGGAAACUAAAAUGGGUCAGUGUUCAAAUUUAAAUAAAUAUGAUUAUUUUUUUAUUUUUUCAGGAAAAACAAAUCUCAAUAAUUACACCAAAAAUGUUGGACAACAAAGAAAACAAGAUUCAAAAGAUGAGGUGUUAAAAGCUGUGUAUUAUACUUAA